AUGGCGGAGAAUGUCGAACUCAUGCAAACACUGUCGACAAUGAUCGCUGAAGCUCUCAGAACGUCAAUCGGGAGCGCCAUUCAGCAAGCCAAUACCGCAGCAGGUGGUGCAGCAGCGAAUACUCUCAAGAUCCCGGGGUUUUCAAUGUCCGAAUACCGUCCAUCGGAAGGAACAUCCGUAGCCGAUUAUUUCGAUCGUUUUAAGUGGGCACUGGAAUUGAGCCAAAUCCCUCAACUUCAGUAUGCCAACUACGCUAGGGUCCAUAUGGGGGCGGAGCUAAAUAGCGCCCUGAAGUUUCUGAUAAGCCCAAGAGAUCCAGUUACACUGGAUUAUGACGAAUUGCGGAAUACACUGAUUAACCACUUCGAUUGGAAGAAAAACAAGUACGUUGAAAGCAUCAACUUCAGGAAGAUUGUCCAGCAAGCAGGCGAAUCCGUCGCUCAAUUCGUUCUCCGAUUGAGGCAAGGAGCCGCGUACUGUGAAUAUGGAGGUUUUCUGGAUCGUAUGUUAACCGAGCAAAUGCUUCACGGACUGGAGGCCCGGGAUAUAUGUGAUGAGAUCGUAGCGAAAAAUCCAGGGACCUUCAAGGAAGCAUACGACAUAGCCCACGCCCUUGAAGCGACUCGCAAUACGGCACGGGAAGUGAACACUGGUUCGUCGUCCCCAGCAAUCGAAGGGACCCAUAAGCUUGGGUACGAUAAUCCUCGAACAAGAAAGAAAGCAGUGUUAAGUCCACCAAAGCAGCGCCAGAGUGAACACCAUCGGAUGAACAGGCAAGUAUCGGGCGGACAAGAGUCCUGUAAAGGUUGCGGAGGGCAGCAUAUACGUAGUCAGUGCCGUUUUCGUGAUGUUAGAUGUCAUAACUGUAAUAUCAAAGGUCACAUUGCGAAAGUGUGUCGGUCAAAGAGGUCGUGCACUCAGGACACGUCUACCGAUCAAGUGGACUCAGAAGAGUUUCCAGCAUCCGACAUCGAUGUAGUACAAUCACUAAGUCAAGUUCAUGAAGUCACUUCAACGGGGAAGAAAAUGGUCAACGUUAAAAUCGACGGUCGAACAGUACGGAUGGAGUUAGACACUGGAGCACCCUGCGGCAUAAUCGCAGAGUCCAAAUUGAGAGCCAUCAAGCCAAAAUAUUUGUUGCAGAAAACGGACCGCCAGUUCUCAAGUUACACUGGACAUCGUAUCAACUGCAUAGGACGUCUUCCGGUGAAUGUAUCCGUAGGAAGCAAUACUCGUCGAUUGAAUUUGUACGUUGUUGCUGGGGAAUCCGAUUCUCUGUUUGGACGCGAAUGGAUUUCUCACUUCAUUGAUGAAAUCAAUUUGAAUCGGUUGUUCACUCCAGAUACACCGAUCAAUUCUAUCGGUUCCUCCGAACUAACUGCAGAGCAGUCAACCCAGCUUUCACGCCUACUGGAAGGCUUCGCCGAUGUUUUCAGCAACACUCCCGGAAAAUUGACCGGCCCGCCAGCGAAAGUUCAUUUGAAACCUGAAGCAUUUCCCGUAUUCGCCAAGGCUCGUGAUGUGCCUUAUGCAUUACGCGACAAAUACGCCGCAGAAAUCGACAGAAAACUUGCGACUGGUGUUUUCAAGAAAGUAGACUAUUCCGAGUGGUCAUCACCAACCCACAUCGUAGUCAAGAAAAACGGCGAUCUGCGAAUCACAGGUAACUAUAAGCCAACAGUCAAUCCGAGAAUGAUCGUGGAUGAACACCCCAUACCGAAGAUUGACACGAUCUUCAAUAAGAUGAAAGGAGCAACGAUGUUUUGUCAUUUGGACGUAACUGACGCCUAUACACAUUUACCGAUCGAUGAUGAAUUCAGCCAUGUACUGACACUGAAUACGGCAACGCAUGGGCUUAUUCGUCCCACUCGCGCAGUAUACGGAGCCGCCAACAUCCCCGCUAUUUGGCAGCGGCGUAUGGAAACUGUUCUGCAAGGAUUGGAAGAUUUCGUCGUCAGUUUCUACGAUGACAUAAUCGUGUUCGCCAAUGACUUCAACGGUUUACUACAGGCGCUAACAGUCGUUUUAGACAGAUUGAGGCUGAAUGGACUACGGCUCAAUAGGUCGAAAUGCGUCUUUGCUACACCAUCACUGGAGUGCUUAGGCCACAGAAUUGAUCGUUACGGACUGCACAAAUCGAGCAAGCACAUCGAGGCCAUCCGAGAUGCACCACGACCAACGACUCCGGAAGAGUUGCAGCUUUUUCUAGGUAAGGCCACUUAUUACAGUGCUUUCAUACCAAAUCUCUCUUCGAGAGCCAGGAUCUUACGCGAUAUGCUUCUAGCUGAUACGUUCACGUGGACCUCCGAAGCAGAUGAAGCAUACUUAGAUUUGAAAGAAGUUCUGACGUCCCCCCAAGUCCUGAUGCAGUACGACCCAACAUUGCCUCUAAUACUGGCAACAGAUGCUAGUAAGACUGGUCUGGGUGCCGUGCUUUCUCACCGUUUAAGCAACGGGCUGGAGCGACCAAUAGCCUACGCAAGCACCACAAUGUCGAGCACAGAACAACGAUAUCCGCAAAUCGACAAGGAGGCUCUUGCUAUAGUGUGGGCAGUAAAAAAGUUUUUUCACUACUUGUACGCCCGAAAGUUUGUUCUGAUCACAGAUCACAAGCCGCUCACACAGAUUUUGCAUCCUGAAAAAUCCCUCCCUACAUUGUGUAUCAGCCGGAUGGCGAAUUACGCUGAUUAUCUAGCCCACUUUGUUUUCGAUAUUGUGUAUAAACCCACAAGUCAACACACGAACGCCGACUACUGUUCGCGUAUACCUAGCAAGUCAAUAACAUCCGGAGUAAACAGCGUUAGUUUGCAAGAUGACGUAAGCAUUGAAGACGAAUUUGAAAGUUUCGCAUUCCACCAGAUUCAACAACUUCCUGUACGGGCAGAACACAUUGCUCGUGAAACGCGCAAGGACGCCAAUCUUGGACGAAUCGUACAAAUGCUGGAAAUGGGUCGUGGUCUAGGACUUUGUGGCUACAAACCUCCGGAAGAUAAGUACACUCUAGCAGCAAACUGUUUGCUCUAUGAGCACAGAGUCGUCAUACCGCAGGUCCUCAGACAGGCAAUAUUGAACGAUCUUCAUGUUGCACAUUUGGGAGUUGUGAAAAUGAAGAGUUUGGCACGAUCCUUCGUUUACUGGCCAGUCCCAUCGCUGAAUGUCCUCAUGGAUAGCCUAAUUGAUGCUGAUAUCGAGCGAACGGUAAGAUCUUGUAGUGACUGUGCACGCCACGCUCCUGCUCCUACAAAGUUCAACAGUCAUCAUUGGGAAUACCCAAAGGGCCCAUGGGAGCGUAUUCAUAUUGAUUAUGCAGGACCAGUAGCGGAUAUGAUGCUUCUUGUAGUAGUAGAUGCUUACAGCAAGUGGGUCGAAGUGAGAGCUACCCCGACGUCUACAACAGCUGCAACAAUCGACAUUCUUGAUGAGCUGUUCACAUCAUUUGGAACUCCGACGACGCUGGUAUCAGUCAACGGUCCGCAGUUCACCUCUGGAGAAUUCAAGGACUUUCUUCAGAUGAGUGGAGUAAAGUACCACAAGCUUCCUGCCCCUUAUCAUCCAGCUACCAACGGUCAUGCAUAA